AUGGGUAUACCACUUCCCCUCGACAAGGCAGGCAUUAUCUCGACCGUCUUGGAAGGAAUACUCUACGGGUUCAGUGUCUUCAUGUUUGGGGCCACGAUGUGGGUGCUUCUUUACCAUCGCGGAGGCCAGAAGGCCAACCGCGCCAUGGUGGCUGUUGCUUGUGCUCUAUUCGUUUUCAGCACCAUGCUAAGCUCUGAUAUCUACUUCCUUGAUUGGCUCCACAUCGGUGUAGACAUCCAGAGGAUUAUAGAAGGGCUCGUCUAUAACCGGGAUUUCCCCGCGGGAGGCCCUCCUGUUUGGUUCGAGGACGUCUCAGCCUUCACGUUCGUUUUCAAGUCUGCCAUCUACAGCUUUCAAACAGUGACUGGCGAUGGCGUUGUUAUCUGGCGCUGCUACAAAGUAUGGCAAUCAGUGUGGAUCAUUGUAUUCCCAAUCAUCUUGUUGUUUGGGGUUGCGACCACUGCGGUAGGCUCCGUUUGGGCUUGCUCGCAGGCUACGUUGGCACAGGGUGGUAUUUUCUUCCAACAAACAGGACUAUGGAUUAGGAGUUUUUAUGCUAUGACGCUGUCGACGAACUUGUUCUGCACUGCUCUUCUGGCGUUCAGGAUUUGGCACAUCAAUUCCAAGACCGCAAAGCAUGGGAUUGGAUCUUCCCUCAUGCCUGUCGUGCUGGUGGUGAUCGAUGCAGGUCUCUUAUACUCGGCCACACUCUUCGCUGCAUUGAUGUGUUUCGUCAAUGAAAGCAAUGGCCAAUACGUCGUGCUAGAUAUGGUCACGCCUAUUAUAUCAAUCGCGUUUUACAUGGUCAUCAUGCGUGUCGGUCUUGCACAAGUUUCCAAUCGCUCGCUCGACGUUCCGUCGGAUCGGAACCACUUCAUUGGUGGCCAUUCGAGCAGUCAACAGGCUCGCGGUGGAUACAACGUCCCUCUACAGCCUCUUCAGGUCCACAUCGCGCAUCUCACUGAGAGCAGGAAGGAUGAGGAUCCGUCUCAGCAUGGAAGCGACCAUAAGACGACUAUUCCCGAUGAUGUUGAAGCUGCUCAAGCUUUCUAG